AUGAAGAUCCUAUGCUUGCUGCUCCUAUGUGGAUUAGCAAUUUCUCAAAAACUUGAGACACUUUCCGCAUAUCAAGGCGUGACGAAUCCGGAGAACUGUUAUCGUGCUGGAUGGAAUAAAGUGGCCAAACUGAGAAUCUAUACACAACAAGAACUGGAUGAUGUUAAGACCGCAGUUAAGGUAACUAACUUUCCAGGAAAAAUUUUUCCCACAGUCCCAGCUUUCAGACGUGCAUUGGUCAGCAAGCUCUAGUUAACCCAAAAAUCGAGGCGGUGAAAGAGAAACUAAUCGAAAAAAUCUACGAAGGAAUCCAUUUCCGAGCUGUCAAAACUCCCGAAUGUUAUCAAAAAAUGAUAGCUGAUGGUUUGAAGAACACCGAAUGUUGGAAGAAAGGAAUAGAUCCUGAAGAUCGUUGUAGCAAGGAUUUCGGAACUAAAUCAUGUCGAAUUCAAUAUAUGAAUGAGAGUUGUGGAAAACAGUAUUUUGAGGAUUACAAGGAGCUUAUUCGAUUCGUUGAUAAGAAACCUCUUCAUCCAUGUGUCGUCACAGUUCUUAGAUAUGGUCAAUUAAAAGCGAGCUAG